UGUUCGUCUUAUUAGCGCCACCUAGCGAACAGGAGGCGCAGGAAAUGUGAAAUAGCAACACAAACAACACAACCAUCUAAAACUACGGAAGCCCUAAAGAGCCAAUUCAUUAUUUAAUUGUUUUCUCGUGAUCUCGACUUCAUUUUCUCGUGAUCUCGACAUAAAAGUUGUUUUUUGGUGAUCUUGACUUCAUUUUCACAUAACAAGUUGUCUUCUCGUGAUCAUGACAACUUUCUCGUGAUCUCGACAUAAAAAAAAAACAGUUGUUUAUUCAUGAUCUCGACAUAAUUUUCUUGUGAUCUCUACUUAAUUUUCCUCACAAUCUCGACAUAAGUCGUUUUCUCGUGAUCUCCACAUCACAACAUGUUUUUAUUGUUCUGGAGACAGCAAAAAAAUUAGUGCAAUCCCACUAACAUUUUCGGAAGGAGUCUCCAGUGCGAGUGUUUUGUAAAAGUCAAAGGUAGAGCUGUAACUUUAAGUUUUUAGGAUUGAGAGAUUUGUGGUUUAUGGUUUCUUGGUAUCAUCUGUCUUAUUAACUUCACAAGAGAGAUAAAGAGAGGCUGGUGAAUGAACAACUGUUUAUAGCUGCCAUAACGUAAGUGCUAACAAGGAACAUUCCAAAACAACAGUUUUAAUUAUAAAUAGAUAACACAUGUAAAAUGUCAUUCUUUAAUAAGAAUUUUGUUUUUGUAACUGUUUUUUUUUUUUGCAACAAAUGAGGUAAUACACUAAUACUGUAAUACUUCACGGUUUACCUCGUUAUCCAACUGCUUUUUCUUUUCAGAGACUGAUUUCUUUUAAAUUCGCCACACCAGUGAAUAUUUGCUUCUCACUUCCUUGAUGAAUGAAUUAAACGCACACCUCUCCAACAUCAACCUAUCAUGUACUAUACUUAAAUGAGCUUUAAAAUGAUCUUAUGUGUCAGAAAACGUUCAAAAUGCUUACAUGUAUGGUAAAAGAGACAUUUUAUAACACCUUUUCAGGAGGCAAGACCUGAUCAUAUAUCACUUAGUAUCCACCCCUGUAAUAUUUGGAUUGGACAGGAAUUUUACACGUUUCCAUUUGAGCUCUUCAAAUAGAACGUGGCCACGAGCACUUUGGUGUCAGUCGGCCGUAGGGACAGAACGAGACGUUUCACAAGAAGUGGAAAGAGCACCUCGGCACAAUGAAGUCCUUCAUCGGAGUUUUACUCUCUUGCCUUUCAUUUAUCCUGGUGGAUAUCUCCGACUGCUAUAAUGUUAUUUAUCCAUCGCAGAUUUUAGCCCAAAGUUACGCACAAAGAAGAAACGAUGCAAAUCCAUCCAACUCCAGAUUAUCACAAAGGACGCUUAAUCCAGCAGCUACAGAUUCUCACUGUAGGAGCCGGCCGUUGGACCUUAUCUUUAUCAUAGACAGCUCUCGCAGCGUGCGUCCAGGUGAGUUUGAGAAGGUUAAGGUCUUCCUUUCGGACAUGGUGGACACUCUGGACAUCGGCGCUGACGCCACUCGGGUCGCCGUGGUGAACUACGCCAGCACUGUCAAAAUCGAGUUCCUCCUCAAAGACCAUCUGAAAAAGGGAAGCAUGAAGCAUGCGAUCAGUAUCAUCGAACCCCUGGCUGCGGGCACCAUGACCGGUCUGGCCAUCAAGAAAGCCAUGGAAGAUGCCUUCACCGAGCAAUCGGGGGCACGGCCGAAAUCACAGAACAUCACAAAGGUGGCCAUCAUUGUUACGGAUGGGCGUCCUCAGGAUCAGGUGGAAGAAGUGUCGGCUUCAGCCCGAGCCUCAGGGAUCGAGAUCUACGCCGUGGGCGUGGACCGGGCCGACAUGCGGUCGCUCAAACUCAUGGCCAGCAACCCACUAGAAGACCACGUGUUCUACGUGGAGACCUACGGCGUCAUCGAGAAGCUCACCUCCAAGUUCAGGGAGACGUUGUGUGGUAUCGAUGCUUGUGCACUGGGUCAUGACUGUCAGCACACAUGUGUGAGCAGUGGCUCCUCCUAUUACUGCACCUGUCCUCCAGGCUUUGUCUUGAUGCAGGACAAGAAAUCUUGUUUCAAGGCCAAGCUGAAGGUGGAGAUCGUUCAAGAUCCGUGUCACUGUGAGGCCAGACUGGCUUUCCAAAGUCAGACACUAAACUCCAUCCAGGCCCUCAACGGCAAACAUAUCCUUUCCUUUCAAUCUGAUGCACGGACGAAACUAAACAUCUGUCUUAACACUAGGACUUAACGAGUCAACUCUUUCAGGUGAAUUUUGAAAGCCAACUCACUUUCAGUCAUAGUUUGGUAAAGACGUGUCAAAAUAUCACAAACCUGGUCCAAUUUGGAAAAAAAACUGGUUAAUGUUUAUUGGUGAACUGAGCCAAAUGGUCUGCCUCACUGAAAAGUGCCAGAAUUCCCAUCACUGCUUAACAUUUAAACAUAUACAUAUCUUGGUCUGUAUUAUAUAUUGAUGUUGAUAAUAUGGUAGUCUUUGGUUUGAGAAGAGUAGAUUAUGGGGUUAUUUUGAAGGUGGAGCUCUGGUAUUGUAAUCUGAUGGAACCUGUAGCACUGUGGCUUCUUUCAGUUUGUUUUGGGGGGUUUCUCCAUUCAGUCUCCUCUUCAGGAGGUGAAAUGCUGCUCAAUUGGGUUAAGGUCUGGAGAUUGACUUGGCCAGUCUAAAAGCUUCCACUUUAUUGGGUUGACGAUAUGUUUUGGGUCAUUGUCCUGCUGCAUGAUAAAAUUCCUCCUGAUUAGAUUGGAUGCCUUUCUCUCUAAACUGGAAAUGUUUCUGUAGACUAAAGAUUAGUGAGCCUGUUCCAGAAGAAGUCAUGCAAGCCCAAGCCAUGACACUACCUCCACCAUGCUUGACCGAUGAGCUAGUAUGUUUUGGAUCAUGAGUAGAUCCUUUCUUUCCACACUUUGGCCUCUUAAUCACUUUUGUAGAGGAUAAUCUCGGCUUCAGAACUUUUGUGGCUCAUCUCUGUAUUUCUUUGCGAAUUCCAAUCUGGCUUUCUGAUUCUUACUUCUGAUGAAUGGUUUACAUCUUGUGGUACGGCCUCUGUAUUUCUGCUCUCAAAGUCUUCUUCGAACUGUGGAUUGUUUUUCUUCACAGCUCUCACAACGUUUUUGUCAUCAGCUGCUGAUGUUUUCUUUGGCUUGUUGUAUCGGCUAUGCCCGAUGUUUGUCCGAGGCCUCUGAUAGAUUUUCCCUCUUUUUCUCAGCUUCAAAAUGGCUUGCUUUUCUCCCAUAGACAGCUCUCUGGUCUUCAUGUUGGUUUAUCCUUAUUAACAACAAAUGCAGUCUUCACAGGUGAAACCCAGGGCUCAAACCAACAAUAGACAUUCAGGGCUAUUAAUUGGUUAAACAAUCAAUCUAACAGGGCAGCACCUGGGCAACAAGAAACACCGGUCAUAUAUUACAUUUCUGAUCACUUGAAAAAUGGGUGGGUUCGACCAAAGGUGCCAUGUUCUAAGUUGUUUAACACACCUAGAUGUAAAUAUCAGGAAAUGAGAGCUGAAAUUCUGAUCUAUCGCCUCAUGUUCAUCUUUUGAUCCCACGCCCAGAUGUCUUCAGUGUAUAGCAAGAGUCCAGAGUCUCCCGUUAGAUCCUGAGCUCAGUUUACUGUCUGUGUGGAGUUUCUCAAUGUUCUCACUGUGUCUUCGCGGGUUUCCUCCAUUUUAUUCCCGUAAAUGGAUUGGCUAUGCUUAAUUAUGCCCAGGUGUAAAUGUGUGCGCCUGCUGC